AUGGAGUCAAGUUCUGAAUCUGCGUUCAAAGUGAUGAAUCAGGACUUCGUGAAGUUGGACAGAUUCGACGGCACUAACUUCUCCCGUUGGAAGGAUAAGAUGAUAUUUUUCCUGACGGCUUUGAAGAUUGCUUAUGUUCUGGAUCCUUCACUUCCUGAAAUUUCAACGCCUAAAAAUGAUGAUUCUAAUGAAAUCAAGGUGCAACGCAAAAAACGUGCAGAGAAUGAGUUGCUGUGCAAAGAACACAUCAUGAAUACUCUUUCUGACCGCUUGUAUGAUCUGUAUACCGUAGUCAAGUCGCCAAAGGAAAUCUGGAAUGUGCUGGAGUACAAGUACAAUACGAUGAAACAAGGUACGGACAAAUUUCUGAUUAUGCAAUAUUUUGAUUUUCGUAUUACUGAGAAAUCUUCUCUUAUGGAUCAGAUUCAUGAUCUUCAAGUGAUUGUGUCUAAGUUACAUGAUCUGAAAGUGGAGAUAUCUGAAUCCUUGCAAGUUGGAGCAAUAAUAGCCAAACUUCCAACUAGUUGGAAUGACUAUAAGAAAAAGUUGCUCCAUACUACUGAAUCAUUCACUAUAGAUCAGAUUUUGAAACAUUUGCGUAUUGAAGAAGAUACUAGAAAUCUUCAAAAGAAGCAAAUAGAAUCUAAUGUCAAAGUGAAUACUUUAAGUGAGAAAAAUUCCGUAACAGAAUUUUUCUGGUUCCAAAAGAAAGUCUCCAGAAGCAAGUACAUCUAA